GAUAACAUGCUAUUUUCAUCCUUUUGGCCGUACUACUUUCCUCCCUGUUUAGGAGGAUGGAAGUUUCAACCUCUCACCGGACCAUCGUUUUUUUCCGAAAGCGAAAUAGAACAAUCAAGAAAGAAAACGCCGGUGAGGAGUAGGGACAAAGACUACGCAGACCAGGAAGACGAAGACCAACUCCCAACUCUUAACUCUUCACUCACCAUAAUCAGACCACAACGGCAGAACCAGACUCAGAAUCCCCCGCCUCUCACCAGAUAGAAUUGUCCAAGGAGGAGGAGGAGGAAUUAGUGAUUGGAGGGUCGAUCCAUCGGCGAUGGCGGAGGAGAAGAGUGUAGAGGAAGAACUGUCUUUACCAAUUCUACUGGCGGAGCAAAUACGCAAGGCUGUGGAGGAAGCUGAGUCCUUUAAGGUGGAGUGCUCUGAAGUGGGUAGACAGGUGGAGCGUCUCUCUCAAAUGCUCCGCUUCGCUGUCCGAUUUGUUACCUCAACCCCUUCUCUCUACGAGCGCCCCGUCCGCUGCAUCGUUGCCGAUGUCGCUAAGAACCUGGACCGAACCCUAACCCUUAUCCGCAAGUGUAAGCACAGUGGUCUCCUCCGCUGCGUCGUCACAAUCACCAGCGCUACUGACUUCCGCAAGGCCUUCAACCUGCUUGACGCUUCCAUGGGCGACAUGAAGUGGGUUCUCAGUAUCUUCGAUUCCGUCACCUCCGGAGGCAUCCAGGUAUCCCUCCCCCCUUUUGCUAACAACGACCCAAUUAUCCCCUGGGUUUGGUCCUUCAUAGCUUCUAUCCAAAUGGGUCCCUUGCCCGAUCGUGUCGAGGCCGCCAUCGAGCUCGCCUCACUCGCCCUCGACAACGAACGCAAUAAGAAGAUCAUCGUUGAGGAGGGCGGCGUCCCUCCGCUCCUGAAGCUCUUGAAGGAAGGCGCGUCUCCCGAUUCCCAAAUUGCCGCUGCUACUGCGUUGCUUAACCUCGCGACCGACCAGGAAAGGGUCCGUGUCAUCGCCAGAGAGCAGGGGAUUCCGGUGAUUGUGCAGGUCCUCUUCGAUUCCUCCAUGAAGGUUCAGCUUGGGGUUGCCGAUUUAGUGGCCAGGAUGGCAGAGCACGACCCCAUUGCUCAGGAAGAGUUCGCUAGGGAGAAUGCCAUUAGGCCUCUUGUCUCCUUACUGUCCAUCGAUGUGUUCCUGGACCAACACAACCACGGAAAGCCCAGCAUUCAUUCUAUUGUUCAAGACCAUAAGCAGAUGGGGAAGAAGACAUCCACCAUCACUAUCACUGCGAAGAAGCAGAAGCAGAACCAUUCCACGGACUCGCGCUCGAGCUCUUCUUCUUCUUUGUACUAUUCGGACGCCAUUGGUCGGUACGGGUAUCACAGGAAAGACAGCGAGAAUGAGAAUCCGGAGGUGAAGCUCCAGCUCAAGAUUAGUUGCGCCGUGGCGCUGUGGUUACUUUCCAAGGGAAGUGUAUCCAAUAGCCGGAGGAUUACAGAGACCAAAGGGCUGCUCUGCCUUGCGAAGCUCAUUGAGAAGGAACAGGGGGAGUUGCAGAACCAUUGCCUCAUGACGGUCACGGAGAUAACCGCUGCCGCCGAAUCCAAUGCUGAGCUUAGGCACGCAGCUUUCAAGACCAAUUCUCCUCCGGCGAAGGCGAUUGUGGAAGAGCUUCUGAGAGUGAUUCGAGAGGUAAGCAAUCCAUUGCUACAAAUUGCGGCUAUAAAAUCGAUUGGGUCAUUGGCUCGCAUCUUCCCUGCCCGAGAAACCCGAGUCCUUGGUCUCCUGGUGAAGCAGCUCAGCAACAAGAACCCCGAUGUUGCCACAGAAGCCGCCUUUGCACUGGGGAAGUUCGCCUGUCCUGAGAAUUUCCUCUGUGUGGAACAUUCCAAGACAAUCAUUGAGAACGACGGUGUCCCACCUCUAAUGAGAUUGUUGAGAGCCAACGAAUGGUCUCAGUAUCACGGACUGACUCUACUCUGUUACCUCGCCUUGCAUGUGGGCAACAGCGAAGCUCUGGAGCAAGCAAGGGCAUUGACUGUUCUCGAGGGAGCAAUUCGUUCUGUAAAUUCUCAAAAUCCUUCUUUGAAAGAAUUGAUUUCUAAAGCCAUAUAUCAUCUUGAGGUCUACCGGUCUGGAAUUCAUCUCCACAGGCACCCUUAUGCACCGUAAUAUCACUCCUUUGAGCUGUUGUUGGACGAAACCUUACUUGUGGCCAUGUAUCGGAUUUGUAUGAUACUUGCAGAAGCUUGAUGAACUGUGACACAACCCUCAAUUGAUGGAUACACUGAUGGUUACUCAUUGAGAAAAGUGAUUCUUCAUCCAGUUGGGGUGCUUUGGUGCAAUGCUUGUCCAUUGCCUGAAGAAAAACCUCUCUUUUACCAUGGAAGAAAGAAGAUUGAGAACAGAACAAGAAUCACUCAAUGGUCAGAAAAAUGUAUUCUUCUUAUGUUUCUUAUUUUUGAUGUUUCUUCUUCUUCUGCUAAGGUGAAGUCUUUGGCAGAUAUCAAUUAGCAUAUUAGCUUUCAGAUGUUGGAAGUUGUUAAGAUUCUUACACUUACUCCUUGAUAACAUAAUUAGUAAAUUUUGUGGGUUCUAUUGGAGCUUCAAUAUUAGCAUUGUUGGACAAAUUUGACUUA